AUGAACCCCCAAGCAAAACUAAUCUUCAUCACCAGCCUCCUACUAGGCACUACCAUCACAAUCUCAAGCAACCACUGAAUUACAGCCUGAGCCGGACUACAAAUCAACACACUCGCUAUCCUACCACUAAUCUCAAAAUCCCAUCACCCCCGAGCCAUCGAAGCCGCAACCAAGUACUUCCUAACCCAAGCAGCUGCCUCAGCCCUAGUACUAUUCUCCAGCAUGACCAACGCAUGACAUACCGGACAAUGAGAUAUUACCCAACUAACCCACCCAACAUCCUGCCUGAUCCUAACCUCCGCAAUCGCAAUAAAACUAGGCCUAGUACCCUUCCAUUUUUGAUUUCCAGAAGUCCUACAAGGGUCUCCCCUUACCACCGGACUCAUCCUAUCCACAGCCAUAAAACUACCACCCAUAACACUCCUCUUUAUAACCUCACCCUCCCUAAACCCUGCCCUUCUGACUACCAUAGCCAUCCUCUCAACAGCCCUGGGAGGAUGAAUAGGACUAAACCAAACACAAGUCCGAAAAGUCCUAGCCUUCUCAUCCAUCUCCCACCUAGGAUGAAUAGCUAUCAUCAUCACGUACAACCCCAAACUCACCCUCCUCAAUUUCUACCUAUACACACUAAUAACCGCAGCUGUAUUCUUAACCCUAAACUCAAUUAAAGUACUAAAAUUAUCAACCUUAAUAACCGCAUGAGCAAAAGCCCCAUCACUAAGCGCAAUACUAAUACUAACUCUAUUAUCUCUUGCAGGACUGCCUCCCCUAACAGGAUUCCUGCCAAAGUGACUCAUUAUCCAAGAACUAACUAAACAGGACAUAGCUCCAGCAGCCACAAUCAUCUCCCUACUAUCCCUGCUAGGACUAUUCUUCUACCUCCGACUUGCAUAUUGCGCAACCAUCACACUUCCCCCACACACCAUCAGCCACAUAAAACAAUGGCAUGUUAACAAACCUACUAAAACCCUAGUCGCCAUCCUGACUUCCCUAUCCAUCACUCUCCUCCCAAUUGCCCCAAUAAUCAUCACCAUCAUCUAA